AUGGUAACGAAAACAGAGGAAUCGCAAUUGAACAAUCUAGAAAUUCAGGUCGAUAAUGGCGGUGGAGGAGCUUGGGAGUAUCUUUCACUCGUCAGGAAACUUAAGGUUCGCCGUUCUGAUAAAGUCCUCAAGCACGGUUUGUCCAUCUUGAAUGAUUCAAAACUCCGAUCCAAUCUCGGUCCUGAAGAAUGGACUUUGUAUGAACAGGUUGCAGUUGCGGCUAUGGAUUGUCAAAGUCUUGAUGUUGCUCAGGACUGUACAAAGGUUCUUCGAAAGAGGUUUCCAGAGAGCAAAAGAGUUGGCAGGCUGGAGGCAAUGUUGCUUGAAGCAAAAGGGUCAUGGGAAAUGGCAGAAAAGGCUUACACAAGCCUUUUAGAGGAUAACCCUCUUGAUCAAGCCAUCCAUAAGAGGAGGGUGGCUAUGGCAAAGGCACAAGGCAAUACUUCUGGGGCUAUUGAAUGGCUUAAUAAAUAUCUGGAAAUAUUCAUGGCAGAUCAUGAUGCAUGGAGGGAAUUGGCUGAAGUAUACUUAUCCUUGCAAAUGUAUAAACAAGCAGCAUUUUGCUACGAGGAAGUGAUAUUAGCUCAACCAACUGUUCCACUCUAUCACUUAGCAUAUGCUGAUGUACUUUAUACGCUAGGUGGAUUAGAAAAUGUCCAAACUGCCAAGAAAUACUAUGCAUCCACUAUUGACUUAACUGGAGGCAAGAAUACCAGAGCACUCUUUGGUGUAUGCUUGUGCACUUCUGCCAUUGCGCAACUUACAAAAGGCAAGAACAAAGAAGAUAAAGAAGGAUCACAGUUACAAUCUCUAGCAGCCAAAGCGUUGGAGAAGGAUUACAAGCAGAGAGCUCCUGACAAGCUCUCUCAACUUACAACUGCCUUGAAGACUUUAACAUUGUCUUCGUGA